UACGGAGUAUAAAAAAAUUGUUAAGAUUAAAAAAUUCUAAACGUGUCAAACGAAAUAAUGAUAUCAACAAGAAAAGGAUAAAGGUCAUAACACAUAAAUCACAAAUUCUCCAAAAACUAGAUAAAGUUAGCCAUUUUAGCACAAUUUCCACUAUACACUGUCUUCAAAUUGUAGAUCCUGAAACAAAAAAUGACAGCAACGCCGGUGAAAGUGUACGGACCACCGCUGUCAACGGCGGUGUCGAGGGUGUUGGCAUGUCUUCUGGAAAAACAAGUUCAGUAUGAACUCAUCAAUGUCAACAUGGCUAAAGGAGAACACAAAUCUCCUGAUUACCUCAAAAUUCAGCCUUUUGGUCAAGUUCCUGCUUUCCAAGAUGAUCACAUUACUCUUUUUGAGUCAAGAGCGAUAUGUCGUUACAUAUCAGAGAAAUAUGCAAGCCAAGGAAACAUAAAACUGUAUGGGAUAAAUCCAUUGGAGAAAGCAUCUAUAGAACAGUGGAUAGAGGCAGAGAGCCAGAGCUUCAAUCCUCCAUCAGGUACCCUGGUGUUUCAGCUAGCGUUUGCACCUCGCAUGAACAUCAAGCAAGAUGAAGGGCUGAUCAAACAGAGCAAAGAAAAGCUGGCCAAAGUGCUUGAUGUCUAUGAUAGUAGGCUGGGGGAGAGCCGUUACUUGGCUGGUGAUGAUUUUACCUUGGCUGAUCUCUCUCACUUGCCUAACACACAUUAUUUGGUGAAUGGUACUGAUGUGAAGGAGCUGUUCAUGUCGAGAGAUAAUGUGGGUAGGUGGUGGGAGGAGAUUUCAGGCAGGGAGUCAUGGAAGAAGGUUGUUGAAAUGCAAAGCUCUUCCUUUCCUAAAAGUUAAACAGAAAUCCUUGACGUCUUUAUGGUUCUCUGAACCUAUGUUGGUUGUGCUUUGAUUUAGUACCAUUAUUAUCUUAGAAGGUGGAUAUUUCAUUUGAAUAAAAGGGAUUGCUGAUUAUCUGAAGCAGUUCCUGGAUUGCUUAAAGCUGCUCUGUUAAUCCUUAAUCAGUAGUUUCUCACUUAUAUGGUGCAAAGUAACCAUUCUAAGAUUACAGCCGUCAUUCUAGACUUCCUUGAUACAUUCCUGAUACAUGCAAUUGAUGUAUACUUUAAGUCAUGAAAUCUUUUUUCUUCUCUUCCAUAAAAACAGAUUGGAGAUAAUUGAUUGUUGGCUUCCUUUGGUGGUCAUCUAAGAACUGAUCAAUCACGCGUUCAAAUGUGUAAGACAUUCUCUUGUCAUACAACUGGGCUUGAGUAGUUUCAUUGCUACACACCCAUAAGCUAACAUUUUUGUUGUCAUUAUGCAUUCUAACAAAGCUAGUGCCAUUAGUUGGAUAAUGGCUGGCAAAACAAGUGCCUAUUGUCCUAAAAACCAGGCAACGGUUUGUUGUUCUCCCUAAAUUUCUCCUACUACAAGAGAUGACUUUCACGGAUGUCAGGACUGGGGAUCAAAGUACUGCCUUCUGGCAUUGGAGAAAAGUUGCAGGAUCAUAUGCAGGAAUGCAGUGGAUCUACGCGACUUGGCAUCAACCAUGAGACAGGAUGAGAUGGCAAAAACCUACAAUAUGAGGAUUUGGCUGUUUUAGCCACUCAAGUAGUAAAGUGUUUGAUAAGGACGAGAUGUUACUUUUCUGUAAUGCUGCAGCUCCUAGUGACCAGAGUGUUGGUCUUGGACUCUUGGUACAUUGGCUCCAGAGCAAAUUGAAGCUGUAAGUUGGAGAGUUGGACUCUGCUCCUGUAUAGGCAACAAGUUAUAUGGUUAUUGGCUGAAAAGCAUUAAGUCCCACAUCAGUCAGAAACAAUAUUAAUUUCAUAUAUAUAUAAUGAAGAGAGAACAAAACAUGGUAUGACCUUACUUGAACAGGAUCUGUUCUAUAGGAUCGUACCUCUGUAACCUGUUUUACUCUGAUAGAAGACUUCAACUUUUUAAUAUCCUUUUUGGCUAGCAAAGUAUGUGUAUUUGCUGAAUAAACUUAGUUCUACAAUGGUAAUGGACGGUGGACUCGGUGCUUAUAUACAAAACGGUUUCAAGUU